GAGAGAAAAAUAUAGAGAGCGGGCGGAGGAACCUGUCUCGCUCACUCCCGGCAGUCAAUAUAACCGGGGCGGCCGGACCGGCAAGUCUCAGAUGCUGAGCAGUUCUCGUUGAGAGAAGGUCAGCCUCCUGUCAACAUCCAGAAGCUUCGGUUUCAAGAGGUGAGACAAACAAGUCUUAGGCAUUGUAGAUAACAAGUGCGAUGAAGAUGCGGCCCCACGGCGGUUUGUGUAUCUUACUGCUGUUGUUGCUGGUGGUGAUGGAGUUGUCGCAGGCCCACCGAAAUCGGCGUGACAGAGACAAGAAGAAGGAACGAAUGCACGAGGCACAAGACAGACGAGGGCGUCAACGAGAUGAGAAGAGGAAAGAAAGACCUGGGCUGCUAGAUGGAAGACACCACUGGAACAAUGACAGAUGGAUGAGGCGUCUGUUCGGUCGCCACGGUGACAGAUGGGGCGGAAGGCACAGCUUCAACUUCGGAGGUCCUGACAGUCCCUUCAACUUUGGCUUCAGCUGGGACCUGGGCGCACCGAGCGAACCUUGGUGGAAAGGGCCUAACGUCUGCUUCAGCGAAUCCAGCGACAACAGCACUGCAGACGGCGAUGUCUGGCACCACAUCAGCACCGCCACCCAGGCGUGUGAGGAGAGUGAGGCAUCCUACCGCUGCACCACCUCAAUUACUAAGGAUGGGUUAAAAGUCACGAAGAUCGAAGUUCACGAGUGUUGUCAUGGAUACGCGAGGGACGUAAAUGAUUUUGGAUGCCCUGAAAAGGUUACCUUGACAACCCUACCCGAGCUGGCACGUACCCUGGGUCUCAACGACUUCCUCCGCGCCGUGGACAGCGUGGGUCUGCGGGAGGAGCUAGCGCGAGGUAACGUCACGGUUUUCGCACCUGCCGACGGUUCCUUCGCACCUAAUUCUGGCGUUUUGUCGGCGAGUUCUGGCUUUGUACUUCAGCAGGAUGAACCGCUGAUGGUCUCGCGUCCCCUACAGAGUAAACUGGAGAGCGAACUUCAGGCCAUGUUGCUGGGUCACCUGCUGGCAGGACCACGCCGUGUGUCCUCCUUCAGAGACGAAGAGAUUUUGGAAACCGGAAGUCCCUACGGCUCCACAAUCCGCAUCAACUUUUUCUCCAGACCCGAGAAACUGACCACAGCCAAUUGCGUGCGUGUGACGUCAGCAGAUAACCUAGCAACCAACGGCGUCCUGCAUGUAGUGGAGAAAGUGCUGCCUACAGUUACCUCACCUCUCAUGGAUCUCAUUCAGAGGGACCAACAGUUCUCUUUCCUUAAGACAGCUGUGGCACGUGCCGGCCUGGUGUCCACCCUACAACAGGCAGGUCAACUCACGCUCCUCGCGCCCACCAACUCCGCCUUCCAGAAGCUGAACCGGGGGCUGUACGACCGCCUGCUGUCCGGCAAUCCGGAGUGUCUCACCAAGGUGCUCAAGCAUCACUUGCUGCCAAACGUGAUCUGCUCUGGGGUCAUCCUGCAGGGCAGCGCCUCAACGCCCAACCUGCUGGGCAACGCACUUAACCUCACGCGCACGGAGGAUGGCAAGCUCUUCGUUAACGACGUGCAGGUCGUGCGGGCCGAUGUCAUGGCAACCAACGGCGUCCUGCACAUCAUAGAUGAAGUGCUGAUACCUGACGACGCACUGGACAUGGUGACCACUGCCAAGAGCAACGGACUGACGGAGUUUGUCAACUUACUUGACAUGGCGGGGCUGACGUCCAGGUUACAGUCAGAAGACAACAUCACCGUCUUUGCUCCCACCAACGAGGCCAUCAAGGCUCUUUCACCCGAACUUCUUAAACAGUUGAGCUCUGACCAGGGCUUUCUUCAGUCCGUGCUUUCGUAUCACGUGGUUCCUGAAGAGAUCACGUGCUCUGGUCUGACCAAUAAUCUUGUUCUGGACACGCUUAACUCGAAGAACAAGUUAAGAAUCAGCGACUACUCCACUUUUCCCUUUGGCAGCAGGCAGGUGCAAACAGUACAGUGCGCACAGGUCGUCACGCGGAACAUGGCUUCUUGCAAUGCAAUCGUCCAUGUCAUAGACAGGGUGCUGCUCCCACCACGCGGCAAUGUGCUGGACGUGCUGUCCGGCGACACCAACUACAGCACCCUCCUCCGGCUGGUCAAGAUGGCGGGCAUUGCAGACUCCCUGCAGGCUGAAGGGCCGCUCACAAUCUUCGCCCCUACUAACCAGGCCUUCAAGGCGCUGGGUAACAGAACGAUGCACGAGCUGACGAGCGACCCCAAGCAGCUGGCCAGCAUCCUCAACCUUCACGUCAUCUCAGGCAAUCUGUGCUGUGCCGGCAUCACCCACAACCCCUGGUGGUUCCACCAGCGCGUGAGAACCGUGGACGGCGACACCCUCUUCCUCACGCGCAAUCGUUACGACAUACCGGAAGUAAGUGGCUCCACCAUCAGCAGCUGCGACAAUGUCGCCACCAACGGUGUCGUGCACGGCAUCGACAAAGUGCUAGUACCUGAGCCCGACCCCUGGUACAUGUUCCGCUAGGCGCCACGCACCUCCUUUCAUCACAGCUUCCUUCCUUCCUCCCUCGGCCUGCUGGUGUUGUCGGCUCUCGACAGGUAACUCCCAUUUCACACCACGAACAGUAUUACAGGUGCGUCAGACCAGAUCACAAGCAGAAACGAAUGUAUGCCGAUCUGUGAAUGUGACUGCUCGUGAAGAGAUCACUCUGAACAUGCUUACGAGAGAAACCGAUCAUGAACACGGUCAGAGCUAAUUAGUAUCGAUCAGAAAUAACCUUCAGCUUUAAUUUUCUUUGCGAAGCUUUUCUUGACUUUCGUAUUUAACGACGAAUUUGUGUUCGCCCCUUGUGUAUCUAACGGAGUCAACUUGCAAAUUAUCGUAUCCAAAAGCAGAACAAUAUAUUUUAAGAGCUUGCAAAGCAGUUUUUCCAUAUAAAUAGAUGUGAUAAUUGCUCGCUUACUUUGCGAUUGAUGUUCUCAACUUUUUUUUUUAAGUCCUCUUGAAAACACUCUUCGAAAUAUUUGAUGCGAGAAUCGACAGAAUAAUCAACAACUGUUUGAUUUAUUUCUCUCCAACGAAAAUUUUAACAGUUUCUUCUCAAAUCAAAUCAUUCCCACCUGUGAUAGCAAACUCAUGUCACUUGAUUAUUAACAUAUAAAAGUAUUUUGCUACCUACUUUGGCAGCAUUUCAUUUACCUUUGGUACUUAAUCUUCGUCCAACGAACGGCUGUGGUAUUUUGUCACAGGCCCAUUAGAGGCAGAAAUAUAUUGAAAAGUGUAUAUUUCCAUUAUAUUUUCUCAGCGUUUUGAAUUCAAGAAGAAAUGUUUUUGAUAUUACUUGUAAACAGACUAACAAAGGUUUUUAAUAAUUCAAAUUCUGCUAAAAAUAAAACUCGUUUGUAACGUUGAAUAAUGUUUUUGAAAACCUGCAGCUGUUCGCAGGUUUUAUACCACAUUCUAUAUGUUAUAAUUUCCUGUGUAACAUUUUGUAAAAUGUGCAGAUGCUUUAUCUUACUGUUACGUAUCUAUGUAUAACAUAUUUGUCUUCACCACCUCACUGAUUUGAAAUACUUUUGUACAAUAAAAACAGUCGUUGGAA